AGUAACAAUUUCAAGUGAGGGCAAAACCAUGGCCGGUGAAUUGAUGCUUGAUGACUUUUUCUCCGACUUCAGCACAAAUGAAUUUAGUUCCGUUCAGCCAAAUCAACUGUGGAUGUCUGAAAUCUUUGAAACUCUUGAUGAACAGCAAAUCAUACACGAAGAUCUGCUGGCAGAAAAUGUGCCUGAAAGUGUAAAGUCCAAGUUGGAUGCUCCACUCUGUGAUUUUUUGCAUGGAGAACCCGCUGUAGACGAUUUUUUUGUUGCCGACGAAAUCGAGAUUAGUGCCUCUACUCCAUUAGCACCUAUUCUCCUAGAUAAUGCGUCUAAUUCUGAUGAAUCUAGUGGGUACGCCUCUUGUGUACAGUCGUCCAAAAACUCUUCACCUGUUGCACCUCGUUUUAAGGCCAUUUCUUCAAACAACUCUGUUCGUGUCUGCUCGCCCACUAAUACAGCGUCUCUUCCGAACCCUUCACCAAAAAUACAUGUUACCCGUAUUGACCCUUCGAAAUUUGGCACGCACACUGUCCAAGCGGUUCUGCAGAAAGCCACCACGAAAACAGAUGUUAAACCUAACCGUGUUCACUUUAUUUUACGACCUCUCACAUCAGAAUCGUCGUCUUUAGCGAUAUCUUCCGACUCCGUUAAUUAUCCGAAGAAAACAAGCACUCCCAGAAAGAUUUCUUUUUUGAGUGGAAAACCUCACGUAACAAAUUCCCAAGAAUUAUACGACUUUAUGCAUAACACAAAACUGAAGCAAGAAAAUACACCUUUUAACCGAAAUGAAGUUUUACAAUCAACAACAUCCAUUGGUUCUCAUUCAAGUUCAGAGUCAGAUAGCAGGGAUAAUUUUGAUGAAGAAAUGGUAUGCCAAGAAUUCCUUCUUGACCACGAAAAUAUCAAUGAAAGUUCGGUUGACUGUAUGAAUUCUCAUAAGCUUUUAGCUAACCAUCUCAAGUUCAAUUACGAUAGUCAUUCUGAAGAUGUGGUCUCUGCCAAAGGUUACUGCAGGUUAUCUGAUAUCGACUCCUUGAUAUUCGAUGACGGAUCACUAAAUGACUUUGCAAAACCAACUAAGGUUUCACAACAACACUUCUUUCAAGACCAGAUGCACUCUCGCAUGCGUGGAACUACACGAAUCGGACGGUCCGAAGUUAAUCAUCCCCAUAUGCUGGUACUCACUGAGGAAGAAAAGCGCACAUUAGUUGCAGAAGGUUAUUCCAUCCCAACACGUUUACCUUUAUCCAAGCAAGAUGAGCGAAAUUUGAAAAAGGUUAGACGAAAAAUCAAAAACAAAAUUAGUGCUCAAGAAAGUCGUCGCAAGAAAAAAGAAUAUCUGGAAGCUCUAGAGAGAAAAGUAAGUAUUUAUUCACAAGAGAAUAUUGACUUGAAACGUCGUGUGGACGGUUUAGAAAGUACAAAUCGUUCUCUAUUGGGUCAGUUACGUCUUUUGCAACAGCUUGUCAACAAGUCAAAGUCCAGUAAUGCUUCAGGUACAUCCAAUUCUACUGAGUCACAAAAGAGUGGAAAUCAUUCAAAUCGUUUGAACACAAACUCUACUGGUACUGGGGAUUCAUCUCACGGAAUUAACCCCGGUAACGGCUCUCCUUCCACCUGCCUGAUGGUAUUUGCCUUAUGUUUUGCAGCCCUUCUUAUUGGACAACCAUCCGUAAACGAAAACCAAAGUUCAUUGAAUUCUGGUCUAAGUUAUACUCUCAGUUCUCAGAAUUCUUUCAAUUCAUGGAUGUCACAGGUUCCUCAACGACUAGUAUCCGGUUCAUUAUCUCAGGUAAUAUAUCUCAUUUGAACAUCUUUCUUGUCUAUCUUUGAAGGCAUGUCUGCUUUUUUUUAAACAAUAGAAAUAAGUGAUUAGGUAGACCAACCUGGUCAACAACGCAGUUGAACGUGUGUGUACUUAGGAUAACAACUUCACUGUUUUAUUUUAAUAUUGAUCUUUUCGAUAUCGUACAAAUGGGAAACAGUCUACUAUCGUUUUUCAUUCCAGACAGUAUCUUUUUACAUUUUACUUUUUCACACUUAGUUCGCGAAUUAUGUAAAAAAAAAAACAGGCAAAUUAUAGUGUGUAAAGUGAAUGUGAUAAUCCUGUAAGAAAGUUGUUUUAUUGAUUAUUUCUGAUACAAAUCUUAUUUUUGUCCUACUCUAGAUUGGUUAUGCCUUAUCAAAACAACCCCAAUUAGCUCCACCUACUUCAUCUAGUGAGAAUGGUGUAAUGAACACUUACAGUACUCAUUCUGCUAUCGAUGGUUCACCCCCUAUAUAUACUACAAAUCCAAGUGAACAACACUAUCCGCAUCAGUCAUCAACUGUUCAGAAGACACACGGUUUGUUUAUACAUUGCUCUUUGCGAAGUAUCUUCUUUUUUUAGUAGAUAAACUCUGACCUCAUUAUAAUUAAUGUUCACUUUACUAUAAUAUUGACAUACUUUUUCGAGUCAACUCUCUAUAAUUUGAUUUCUUUGGCAGUGUGGCCUACGGUGACUAAAACAAUCUCAGCACUCAUUGUUCAGGAAACUGUAAGGAAAUUAUUAAAUAUAGGAUUCGAUUACAAAUAAAUGAACAGAGGUUUAUUGUUUACAGGCGAUUUAAUUACCGAAAUGUUUAUUGUUUAUUUCUCGAAACCUUAAUCACUUCUUAAGUAUCUUUAUUUCUACUUUAUUUCAAUUUAUUUUCAGGACAACGCUCAAGACUUCUAGGUGAAGCUAGCGAAUUAGAGGAUUGUGCUCCCGUACAAUCUUUCUGGUCAUAUUUGUUCGGAAACCCAACUUCAUUUAAAAAUCAAGUUUGUGGUCGGAACGAUGAUUCACUUAGGACUGAACUUCAUCUUUUUGAUAUUAUCGACGGGAAUCUAAUGUUCAUAUCGUCAACGAAUACAACACAUUCUGUUGAAUAUUCAAAAUUAAACAAAACCAGAACGUCAUUGCAUGUUACUUGGUCACCUGUGAUAGAAUCAUAUUAACUGUGUAACAGAUUGACAGUUGUUGCCAUAAUUGCUAUCUUUCAUGAGAUGGUUCAUGUCAACUUGAUGACAAGGAACUAAUUUACGGUUUAUGAACCAUUUCACUAUGUUUGUGAUACUCUUCCCUCCUGUCGUAACUUAUUAAAGUUCAGUUUUGAUUUAAGUAAUGCCUCACUUACCUACUUGUGCAUGCCAUGCCAUGAAUAUGGAACAAUGAUAAUUUAUUUCAUUCAUAAUUUCAACAUUUUGAAAACGGGUUUAGGUGUGAAUUUUUUUUCUCUCUUCCUCUCAACAAUUCAUUGUCCCUGCUAUCUACCAUUGUGUAUAUGUAACCUCAUUGGGUUUAUUUACUUUUCUUCUUGUUCUGUCUGUCUUUCUUAUUUUUGUGAUUGACUUACAGGAAAUGAUAAUCCCUAUUUAAUUAAUAUUUACUUCGUUAAUAAUAGAUGUUUCUCUACUUCUUACCCUUUGUAACUUACUCAAUAAUAUUGUGUUUGUCGAUUGUUUGUACUCUCCUUUGGUAAAUGGGAAAUAAAAUUUGUCACGUCAUGACACUAAUAAUGACAAGUGUGUUGCCUAUGGCUUUACUGUUGUGUCAGAUUUUGUAUAUGUAUGUAUAUUUUGCAUUUAUCUUAUAAAGUAACCAGUCUUUUGCAACGUUGUUCGCUAAUUUAUCCAUUCUAUCAAACGAUUUGAAAAAUCUUGUCUGUGUUACUCAAAAUGAUGGUGUUUUUUCUACGUGCGUUUUCCAGCUCUGUUUGUUCUAUCUUCGCUUUUUUGGUAAAAAAAAUUUCACUUCAUGGUUUUUCAAUUUCAAAUAAAUGCUGUAAUAAUAUUUUGCUAAUAUAUUGUUAUGCAUGUGUGCUCAAUUAAAAGUGGAUAUUUUCGG